CCAAAGGGGUAUUUAUACCCCACAAGGGAACUUGCUGCUCUGCAGUUAGAAGAGAGCAGUUUAAGCCCAGAAGAAGAGAUAGAAUUAGAAGAACAAGCAGCAAAUUAUGAAGAAAAUAGAUACAGGCCACUGGAAUAUAAGAACCCAGUGCCCUAUGUUCUGGGGCAAGGGGCUGCUACUGCCCCCCCACCUUAUUCAAUGCAGCCAUCUUGCUCACUCCUUUCAAAAACUGUGAGGAGAAAGUUAGGCAUGGCCUUCCCAGUCUUUGAAGCACCCAUAGAAGGGCAAGAAGGCAUGGGACGGAUCUAUGCACCUAUAGACUAUAAUCAAAUAAAAGAAUUGGCUGAAGCAGUAAGAAAAUAUGGAGUGAAUGCAAAUUUUACUUUAGCACAGCUAGACAGACUGGCAAGAGAUUCUAUGAUGCCUACUGACUGGCAAACUAUUGCAAAGGCUAUGCUUAAUAGCAUGGGCCAAUUUUUAGAGUGGAAGGCGCUAUGGUAUGAGGCUGCACAAGAGCAAGCCCGAAUCAAUGCAGCCUCCUUAACCCCUGAACAACAACAAUGGACAUAUGAAAUGUUAACAGGACAAGGAAGAUAUGCAAAUGAACAAAAUACUUAUGCCUGGGGAGCCUAUCAACAGGUUUCCAUGACGGCAAUUAGAGCAUGGAAAGCUUUAACUAAAAAGGGAGAAGGAGCAACCCAGCUAACCAAAAUUAUACAGGGCCCACAGGAAUCAUUUUCAGAUUUUGUGGCCAGGAUGACCGAGGCAGCAAACAGAAUUUUUGGAGAUUCAGAAUCUGCAAUGCCUCUUAUUGAGCAAUUAGUUUUUGAACAAGCAACACAAGAAUGCCGUAAUGCCAUUGCCCCUCGAAAGGGUAAAGGAUUACAAGAUUGGUUAAGGGUAUGUAGAGAGUUAGGGGGCCCAUUAUCUAAUGCAGGGCUGGCGGCAGCUAUAAUGCAUAUUGCCAAAAAUGCUCCUCAAGGAAGAGGCAAAGGACCUUGUUAUCAAUGUGGCAAAAUGGGACAUUUUAAAAAAGACUGCAAGAGUGCAGCCCCAAAUAAUCUUACAACUGAAAUCUGCGCUAGAUGCAGAAAAGGGGCACACAAGGCCGAGAACUGUAGAUCUAUAAGAGACAUUGAGGGAAAACUUUUGGUUCCCCCAAGGCCUUGGAAGAGCCCAAAGCAAGAAUUUAAGCCAAAAAACGAGAUGAGGGGCCCUCGGUUCCAGGGCCCAGACAAAUAUGGAAACCCCGCCCAAACAUGCCCAUGGUCCAAAGCCCAAUUGCAGCAGCGAUUCGGGGACCGAUUUCAGGAAAUCAUCUCCCCCACGGAGGAAUGGGAAGAUUGGACGUGUACGCCACCUCCAAUGUCCUAUUAGAUUCAGAUCAAGGACCCCAACCUGUUCCCGUGCAGGUCUUAAUGGCCUCUACAAAAAGUUUACAAGGUCUUCUAAUAGGAUGUAGUAAGUUUUCAGGACAAGAGAUAAUUGUAUUUCCAGGAGUUGUCCAGGGCCCAAAAUUUCAGGUUCUAUGCUCCAGUCCACAAUGGCCUAUAGAAAUAAAGGAGGGAGAUACCAUUGCUCAAUUAAUACCCAUAUCUAAUGAAGAAAGAAAUGAGGCCAAUCUAAUAAUGGAUUUGGGCUCCAGACCAAAGAUGACUUUGAGUAUACAGGGAAAGAAAUUUGAAGGCAUACUAGAUACAGGGGCAGACCAGAGUCUAAUCUCCUCUCAUUGGUGGCCUAAAACUUGGCCACUUAAGCAGUCCAGCCAAACCCUUCGAGGAUUGGGAUAUAGUUCUAAUCCCACAAUAAGUGCACGGCCUCUUUUAUGGAGAACGGACCAAGAUAAGGAAGGAAUGUUUACACCAUAUAUAUUGCCUUUGCCAACAAACUUAUGGGGACGUGACGUUUUAGCUGAUAUGGGAAUGAAAUUAUCAGAUGAAAGUCAGGCAGAAACUAAGACCACAUGCAAAAUAUCUACUGCCGAACAGAUAAUGAAUACAAUGGGAUACCAAAAAGGAAAAGGAUUAGGUAAAAACCUCCAAGGCAGCAUAGAACCCUUAGAAGCAAUCACCAAUAGGGAGAAAAAGGGAUUGGGUUUUUUCUAGGAGCCAUUGAGGGUCCCAAACCCAUACCUUGGAAAUCGGAGGAGCCAGUAUGGGUGCCUCAAUGGCCAUUAUCCUCCGAAAAGCUAGAGGCUCUGAGAUUAUUAAUACAGGAACAAAUAAUGCAAGGUCAUCUUGAAUCAUCUACGUCACCUUGGAAUACUCCUAUUUUUGUAAUAAAAAAGAAAACAGGGAAAUGGAGAUUCCUACAAGAUUUAAGGGCAGUUAAUGCACAAAUGUUAAUGUUAGGAACUGUGCAACAUGGCCUUCCCAUUAUGUCAGCCGUACCAAAAGAUUGGCCACUUUAUAUAAUAGAUAUUCAAGAUUGCUUCUUUUCCAUUCCCCUGCAUACCCAAGAUAGAAAAAGAUUUGCCUUUUCAAUCCCAGCUGUAAAUCAUGCAGAUCCUGAUGAAAGAUAUCAAUGGAAGGUGUUGCCACAAGGCAUGAUGAAUAGUCCUACAAUCUGUCAGUUAUAUGUACAAAGUAUACUUAGUCCCAUCAGAAGAGCCUUUCCUAAUGCGGUCAUACUUCAUUAUAUGGAUGAUAUCUUACUUAGCAGCCAAAAUAGAAAAGAGCUUGAGGUUAUGCUUAAGAAUACUCUGCAUAGACUAAAGAAUAAAGGGCUAUAUGUUGCUCCAGAAAAAAUACAGGGUUCCCAUUAUGGUUCCUUUUUAGGGUCAAGAAUAUACCCAAAAUAUAUACAACCCCAGAAGCUAGAAAUAAAAAGACAGAACCUGCUCACACUCAAUGAUUUUCAAAAACUUAUGGGAGAUAUUAAUUGGUUGAGACCAUUUCUUAAAAUACCUACUUCAGAGCUCAAGCCUCUGUUUGAUAUCUUAGAGGGAGAUCCUAAGAUAACUUCUCCCAGGAAACUAACCCCAGAAGCAAUAAGAGCUUUGAGAAGAAUAGAGAUUGCAUUAGAAACAGCGCAGUUACAACGAAUUGAAGUAGCAAAGCCUUUUUAUUUGGUAAUUAUACAAACAGAAAAACUCCCUACGGCAGUACUAUGGCAAGAAGGACCCUUAUUGUGGAUACACCUUCAGGCCACACCUCAAAAAAUCUUAGACUGGUACCCUGCAGCUAUGGCCCGAAUUAUAUUUAAAGGACUAAAGACUUCCAUAGAAUAUUUUGGGGUAUAUCCCUCUAUCAUUUAUCUUCCCUAUACCAAACAACAAUUAGAAGUUCUGGCUACAGCUUCAGAUGAUUGGGCUAUAUUGCAUACUAUCUACCCAGGUACCUUUGAUAACCAUUAUCCAAAACACCCACUACUUCAGUUUAUAAAAAGACACCCCAUAAUAUUUCCAAAGAUAAACUCCUCCAUACCCAUAGAAAGGGCUAUAACCAUCUACACAGAUGGAUCCAAUAAUGGACAAGGAGCCUAU